AUGGAUCUGUAUUUCACGAAGGACCCCCUUCCUACAGCAAUUAUUGCUUUUGGUCUGGAUCUUUACAAGAAGCUGAACAGAAGUGACAUUUGCAAAAACAUCUUCUUCUCUCCAAUAAGUAUCACAUCCGCCCUGGCCAUGGUACAACUUGGUGCCAGGGGAAGCAGCAAAACUCAGAUGGAAGAGGUGAGCAUCAACAAAUACAAUUGCAUCUCUAAGCGGCAAGAGGCUGCAGGCGCUGCUCCUCCUCCUCCUCCUCCUCCUCCUCCUCUUCUUCUUCUUCUUCUUCUUCUUCUUCUUCUUCUAUUAUUAUUAUUCAUUGAAUUUAUAUACCGCCCUAUACCCAGAGGUCUCAGGGGGGUUCACAGAAAAGAUCACUAUAGUGGAACUUAAUUCGUUCCGGAGGUUGGUUCUUAACCUGAAACUGUUCUUAACCUGAAGCACCACUUUAGCUAAUGGGGCCUCCUGCUGCCACUGCGCCACCGCUGCACGAUUUCUGUUCCCAUCCUGAAGCAAAGUUCUUAACCUGAGGUACUAUUUCUGGGUAGGUGGAGUCUGUAACCUGAAGCGCCUGUAACCUGAGGUACCACUGUACAUAUAUAAUCAGAAUAAAAACAAUACCCUCCCAUCACAUGUCAAGGAAAUAAACAACUAUCCAACUUUUAGAACACAUCUGAAGGCAGUCCUGUUUAGGGAACUUUUUAAUGAAGUUUUAUUCUGUUUUUAAUGUUCUGUUGAAAGCCGCCCAGAGUGGCUGGGGAAACCCAGCCAGAUGGGCGGGGUAGAAAUAAUAAAUUAUUAUUAUUAACAACAACAACCCAAUAACAUCCCCCCACUUACCCAGGACUUGGUUUCUCUGGAAUGAAGGUCAAUGGGACUGAGGUGUCAUUAGGAUAUAUGGCUGGCUUUUUUUUACACAGCUUUAUACAACCUGAGCAUAGGAUGGAGGAGCUGACAGCAUUAACACUCCCACAGAUCUUGCUUCCCCACUAGGUUUCCAGGGAAACCCUGAGCCACAGCUUUCGCCCCAGCACAGUGUAAGACAACUCUCUAUGUCUUCAGCUUCCAGCAUCAGCCAAGACUCACACAUACACAGCUCUCCCUUGGCCUAUUGUUCUCUAUCCUAGGAUGGCAUGGCAUUCCCAUGGUGUGAGAUGGGGAAAAGCCCUACAUGUGUCUCUACGGCAUCAGAGCUCACUCUUUAAAAUGCAGGUGAUGGGUACUUACCUGAUAGGCUGUGGCCAUUGCCUUAACAAAGGAACUUGUUCGACUAGUGUUAGCAAAGCAGAAAAUUUGUAAGAAAACGAGUGUCAAAGCACUAUAUAUUCAAAGUAGCUGUAAGAGUGAUUAAAAGAAGCCAUUGGUACAAACCUGUAAGCUACGUACUUCAUUUUUCAUAUUUAUUUCUUGCUUUCUUUUUAAAACAACUACCGCCACAAACCAAUGUAGUAGCUGUUUCAGCAGUAACAAUAUUUUUUUAGCAGUUGUAGUCUCUUGUUUAUUUAAUCAAGGUAAGUGGGAUUUUUUUGCCCCUUCCUAUCCUGGAUGCUUUGCAUUGCUUACAGCUUGUUUCUGCUAUAGGUGCUACACUUCAAUAGGACUCUGGGAAGCGCAAGACCAGCUGCUUCUGAGGGGAAAAUGUGUCUUCUUGCGUCAGAACCCGAGAGAGAUACUGCAGCUCAGUUUUCGGUGGUAUGUCCAGAACUAUUCUUAAAGCCAUAGGACUAAGUGGCGGGUUAUUUUUUUGGUACCAUCAAGACCUGUAGCCAGAAAUGUGGCGAGGAAGCCAGGUCAAGCGACCCUCUACACCAAUUGCACUAAGUUGGCGGUGGGUAGAUAUACCAUCAACGCACUGGUAGAAUGGCCACAUCCACACCGCCUGGAAAGCAAGCAACACAGAAAACAGGAGAUGAAGUAAAAAUGGCAGGCAGGCCCACAGCAUCCCUGGGAAAUGGACCAAUCAGGAACAGUGCCAGCAAUCGCCGCAUGUCGCCCACUUUUGGAGGGAGUCAAUCACAGCCGUACCUUGGACUUCCAAAAUGUUUGGAAACCAAAGCACGGCUUCUGAUUGGCUGCAGGAAGCUCCUGCAGCCAAUCAGACGCCGUGGAAGCCACGCUGGAUGUUCGGCUUCUGAAAAUCGUUUGAAAACUGGAACACUCACUUCUGGGUUUCGAUCGUUCAGGAGUCGAUUUGUUUGGGAGCCAAGGCGUUCGGGAUUCGAGGUACGACUGUAAUUCACAAUGACACCCUCCCCAACACAAAUCCCUUGAACCACACAUGCGAUGUUGCUAUGGCUUCCCCAGUCCAUCAGCCCCAGUGACACUGCCAGUAGUGAACUGGAAGCCCUCGAGCAUCCUUCUGAACAGAUUCCUUUAUGCUCCUUUCAAGCACUGUUUUGAAGCACAACACACAACAGAAUGGGGGGGAAAGCAUAUACAGCAACACACCCACAUAGCUCCCUAGGCAGGAAGUCUUUAGAGUGUAAGCAUAUACAGCAAUCCUGUGACAAGUGUUGAAGACCCACUGGGGGAGGGAGAGGCCCUUUGGCCACGCAUCCAAAUGGAGGGGCUGAUACACGCAACAAGGCGAGCCAUACACUGACUGCAGCAACCUCCAGAGGCUCACUGAAGAAGGGCAAUCCCAAUUUUAGAAGCUUCGGGAUACCUGAUUGGUAAAUUGUUGCUGACGAUUGGCCUCUGUCAUUUUUCAUUACAAGCCCUUAAAAAUAAUAGAUAGCAAUGAGCUCUUGCUCCCAAACAUUUCUACAUCCAUUAAUCUACUUGGGGUUUUUCCCCCCAUUUGAAAUCUUUUUCUUAAUACUCUGGCUAGGAAGAAGGAAUCUUUCCAGAGAUCAAGAAACUUCUGUUUCAGCUGAAUAAUCUCAGUAACGACUAUGAGCUGAACGUGGCCAACAAUCUGUUCAUGCAGAAGGGAUAUGAAUUUUUAAAGGUAAGUGAUUUCUCACUGUGGAAGGAAAGCCGUAGCUCAGUUGCAGAGGUGCCCACAUGCAUGCAAAAGGUCUCUUAUACACGUCAACAGUCCUGAUUUGAGCAGGAUAUCCCAGAAUUAUAAUAAUGAGAAUAUACUCUGCCCAUCUGGCUGCGUUUCCCCAGCCACUCUGGGUGGCUCCCAACAGAAUAUUAAAAAACAUGAUAAAAUAUCAAACGUUAAAAACUUCCCUAAACAGGGCUGCCUUCAGAUGUCUUCUAAAAGUCAGGUAGUUGUUUAUUUCCUUGACAUCUGAUGGGAAGGUGUUCCACAGCGCGGGCGCCGCUACUGAGAAGGCCCUUUGCCUGGUUCCCUGUAGCUUCUCUUCUCGCAGUGAGGGAACCAAUAGAAGGCCCUCGGAGCUGGACCUCAAUGUCUGGGCUGAAUAGUGGGGGUGGAGAUAUAUACCCCCACUGGGCCGAGGUCAUCCUGGCUUCUGAUUGGAUCCCAGAGUGUACAUAAAUGGGAAAUUGUGGCUUAGUAAAAAAGAAAAUGAAAGUGGACAUUGUGCUGGUCCCGUGGGUUACCCGAGAGGCGAGGUCCAAGUCCGGUUCGUGGUUGAAGGUGCAACAUGGAGGCAGUCUGUAGUAGCUGAAGCUGGGUGCAGGGCAGGGAGUCGGGUGAAGUCAGGAACAGGCAAGCAAGCAGGGAGCCAGGGCGGGUCAGGAGUUCUGGCAACAAAGCAGGUCAGGGUUCAGGCAGGAACUAGCAACCAACAAUGUUGCUCCCACAACUUGGGACUGGGGCUGGCCGGCUUUUAUCUGCCCUGAGGCAUAGGGCGGCCCCGAUCCUCUGGUGACUUGCCUCUCCUGGCCUGGAGGCGAGCACUCCUCCUGUGGGAACUUAGUUCCCUCCACCUCUCUGCCCUGAGCCUCUGUAGCUCAGGAGAGGCUGGAGGGUUACCGGACCCAGAGGCAACCUCAGCUUCCUCUGGCGGGGCUGAGAGUGGAGCACCUGCAGGCAAUGGGUCCUCCAUCACCUUAGGAGCCAGAGCAGACUCAGCUGGUGCCUGCACCUGAGGAUCCAGCACAAGUGAGGACCCUUCAGGCUCAUGCCCCAGCCCCGGCUCAGCUGGUUCUGGAGGCGGGGAAUCCUGUGCAGGCUGAGGUCCCUCAGGUUCAGCAUCCGAGUCUGAAUCCCAGGCCAUCACAAACGUUUUUACAGUCCUCUUGUGCAUGAAGAAGGAAGAGGAGGAAAGGGAAGGUGGAAGCUCACCAAGACUUGUUGCCAAUAAUUUAAAAUGGUUUAAAUGAUAGUCUUCUGAACCCAGGCUACAUUCAUCAUUAAAUCAAGGGUGGGAAACAUGUAGCCUUCCAAAUGUUGUUGGAUUCCAGCUUCCUUCACCCCUAACAACUGUCCAUACCAGUUGACGGUGAUGGGAGUUGAGAGACAAGCAUCAUAUGGAAGGCCAAAGGUGCCCCCUUAGAUCCAAAAAAGCUGUUGUGACCACAAAGGAGGGGUGUUGUCAGGGACUGGGCAGAGGAGGAAUGGUGGAGGCCUCCUCAUCCUGACCCUUCCAGGGAGGAGGAAGAGGAAGACAGUAUAGAUUAACAACAGUAGUUUGAGGGAGGUCACAGCUCAGAGGCAAAUGAGGGGGAAAGUUGGGAAAUCAUGGGAGAGCCAGAAUGGCCGACUGACACAUUGUCAUUAGAAAGCAUUCCAGACCCACCAUCUCCCAGAACCCGGCGAGCCUUAAAAGUAGGAGAGCAAAGAGCUUGAAGGCAGAGGGUACUUAGUGGCACCUGUAAAGGAGGUGGUGAUGCUGAUGACAAAUGAGGAAGUGGGAGAGAUGAGGGGUGGAGAUUCACUCGGGACAACGCCAUUAUCCAAGAGGCUGGGUUCUAUGGCCUCUCUCUGUAAAGUUGAAAUAAAAAAGGACUGUGAGAAACUUUCCCUUGUCUUUAUACUUUCCUGGGCAACCAGCUGGGGGCCGCUGACGACAUCCUGACAGGUGUAUAACUAGAAUUACCUUGACUAUAUUUUAAUGGUUGGCUAAAUUUUCUGUGCACUUUGCAUGAGUGCUGAGUGUUUAUCUGCCUCUCACUUUUGUGGCCAAAUGCCCCAGAAGAGGAAGCUGCAGUCUACACUGCAUAUCAAGUGUUGCUCUGGUGGGGUGGAUGAUUCCCUUUCUGUGGGAAGGUCUCAUGAUUACCCAGCAAGGCACUAGGUAAGAGGUGAUCAGUACCUGUAUACCGUCAUCUACAAAUGGCUCAACUGGGGAAUUCACAAUAUUUCUCUUUCGUUUUUAAAAACUCCACAGCAAUAUCUCACACGCACGAAAGAAAUCUUUGGAGCUACACUGCAAAUGGUCGACUUUCAAAAUGCUACUGAAGAAGCAAGGCAGGAGAUUAACCUUGAAGUUGCCAGGCAGACAAAGGGUAAGGAAGCUGAAGGUCACUUCCCGACGACGUGUUUAUUGAGCAUUCCUCCUGGGCAUCCAUUCUGAUUUGUUUGUGGGGAUGUUAGACCUUGUUGCAUCAUCAAGUAUCGUUCCACACUUCCCAGUGAAUUUACCCAUCACCCCACUCAGGAAUAGCAACAGCCUGGAAGCACUCAGUGUUGCAGGAAUCACUGAUUUGUAGCACAAAACCAAGAUCACCACCUUAUUUUUCUUGCAGUACCCCAGGCCUUUAUUUCUUCUUCCCCUUCUUCUUCUUCUUCUUCUUCUUCUUCUUCUUCUUCUUCUCUCCUUCUCCUUCUAUUUUGACAAAGUAAUAAUCAUAAAUAAAUAAGAAAAAAAUAUACACCCCACCACUGAGACCAUUCCAUUGUAACUAUCCAACCUCCCAAAAUUUCAACACCUCUUGUGAUGGUUUGACCCCUUUUCAUUUUAACAGUACAAAUUCUACAAACACCUUCCCUAUCUCCUUGAAAUAAUUUCUCCUGCAUAUUCCCUGUCUGUCCUUAAUGGCACAUGUUAAUUUAUCAUUAAUAGCUAUAUCCCACAUUUCUUUAUACCACUCUUCCAUUUUAUAUUCUGCUUCUGCUUCCCCCUUCCACUUCCUAGCUAUCAUAAUUUGUGUAGCUGUCAAUACAUUUGUGAGCAAGCCUUUCCCCGGGCCUUUAACAGCAUUUUGUACAGCAAGCUAAAUUUUAUCCAGUGAAGUUUCUCCUCUUGUGGCUCCCUAGCUCUGGGACCCUCUUCCUCUGGAGGUGCAAAUGGGAGAAAACCCUACUGGACUUUCUCCAUCAAGUUCUUUCAGGUGCUAGAGGUUCCUUGGGGCGUCUUUUUUUAAAUAAUUCAUUCAUGAUUAUGUGUACUCAUGAUGAUAUCAGGGUGGUUUUACAUAACCCCAAUUUUCAAUACUGUUUGCACCUGCAAAGGUUUUGGGGUAGCCAUACUGGGUGGUGUUCAGCGCUAGUCCUUUCCCUAAGGCAGUGUUUCUCAACCUGUGGGUCCCCAGAUGUUGUUGGACUACAACUCCCAUCAUUCCUAACCAGCAUGACCAGUGGUCAGGAAUGAUGGGAGUUGUAGUGUAACAACAUCUGGGGACCCACAGGUUGAGAACUGCUGCCCUAAGGGAAGGCCCACUGAAGUUGUUAAACACUACUAAACUUAGGGUGGAAUUCAAUCUCAUGCUAUUACAAAUGCUCCUUCUGCACCAAUAUGUCUGUUUGCCAGGCAGAAUGAUCCUGGUUCCCUUGCAUGAUCUUCUGGGGAUUCUACAGGACUUUCCUGGGGAAGAGUGAGGGAAAGCCCCAUGGCAUAAGUCGAAGCCCUUGUGUCGACAGGGUUCAUUAAGUGAAUCCCACCUUUCAGUUCAUUCAUCUCAAUGGUUUUGCUAUGAGUUGGACUUGGUUGAAUGCAACUCACGGCUUCAUUCCCAAUCAGUGCAUGUCCUGUAACUUCCUGCUGAAAUCCUGUAACUUUUCAUAGCACAAAUAUCCUGGUUUGCUUCAUAUCUAUAUAAAAAAAAAUUCCAGUUUUUUUGCUCAAUAGCGUAAGACAUCCCACUGGACAGCAAUAAUGGGGUGACACUGAGGAAGCAUUGCAGGGCUACGAAAAAGGUGAAAUGAUGUGUAAUCCACUAUUAAUGUAUUAUUACUGCAUCAAUGACAUAUUGCAGAAUUCACUUGCAAUGUCCCACUGCCCCAACCUAGGUAAAGGUAAAGAGACCCCUGACCAUUAGGUCCAGUCAUGACCGACUCUGGGGUUGCGGCGCUCAUCUCACCUUAUUGGCCGAGGGAGCCGGCGUACAGCUUCUGGGUCAUGUGGCCAGCAUGACUAAGCCGCUUCUGAUGAAUCAGAGAAGUGCAUGGAAACGCCGUUUACCUUCCCGCUGGAGUGGUCCCUAUUUAUCUACUUGCACUUUGACAUGCUUUCGAACUGCUAGAUGGGCAGGAGCAGGGACCGAGCAACGGGAGAUCACCCCAUCACAGGGAUUCGAACCGCCGACCUUCUGAUCGGCAAGUCCUAGGCUCUGUGGUUUAACCCACAGCGCCACCCGUGUCCAACCUAGAGGAGCUCAUAAUGAGAGUUGCCACUGUUAUUGGAGCUUUAUGCUGCCGUACUAAUCAUUCAGUUCUUAUUGUCAGUUGUAUUUAUUUUUGUAUACUGGAAACUGCCCCGCGAUAACCUCAAUGUGAUGGAGAGUAGUCUAUAAAAUAAAAAUAAAAAUAGAACAGUAAUUGAGGGGUUGGGGGAAGUGUGAUAAGCAUAAGUCCUCAGUUCUGUGAAUCAAAAACAAUUCAGUCGCUUUUACUAUGUAUGCAAGGUGGUGAGGUUAUACUUUUUUAAAAAUCCACAUUAAUUCAAAUUUCUUUUCUCUAAGGAAACAUCAAGGACCUUUUCCCUCUGGGAACUAUUCAGCCAGACACUAUGUUGGUGCUGGCAAACGCCGUCUAUUUUAAAGCAACUUGGGAACACCAGUUUGACCCAAAGCUCACGACAGAAAGAGAAUUUAAGCUGAAUGAGGUAUCAUGGCACAACUGAAUCUAUCGUUUUAGAAUUGUGUGAAUGUUCAAUGCUGAUUCAAGUAUGUUACAAAAUGGCGGCCCAAUGGCACUCUAUCAGCCUUCUCAGCUGAGAAGUAGAACAGGUCAAGGACUUGAUUGGCUGGCUGGCUCAAGCCAUGGAUCCUGCACUUCCUUUGGCAAGAGGCCAUAACUCAUGCAAAAGGUCCAAGCUUCAGUCCUCAACAUCUCUACAUGUGUUUAGGAAAGACUUCUAUCUGAAGUUCUGGAGAAUGCCUGCUAGUCUGUGUAAAUGCUGCUGAGCUAGAUAUAUGUGUCAGUUUGCAUUUCUUAGUGCAGAAAAGUAUUGAUCUGAUGUGUAGAGAUCUUUCCUAUUCUAAUUAAUUCAAGAGGGUUCUGGAAGCUUAUCUAUGUGAAAGAAACAAGCAGAAGGUUAAUGAUGUUUGGGUUAUUCCUUCAGAGAAGCUGAAUACAGCAGGUUUCAAACGGUUCUGUUAUCUCUUCUUCAAGGUCAUGCUGACCAUAAUAAGAGGCCAGAAGGAGCCCGAGUUUCACUUUUUCUUUCCAUCUCUUUUCCUUCUGAUGUGGUGUUCUGUACAUAGUAUCCAUACCGUUAAGGUUUAGACUUAUUAUAAGCUAUUGUAAAUUCAAGUGGGGCCCUAAGCUAUAGCUUAUUUAGCUUAUACAUAAAUCCAGCACUGGGGGGAGUACUAAAUAAAUAGCAGCCCACGUGGGCAUGUGAAGUGGCACAUCCUCUUCUAUCAGCGCGCAGCUUUAUUCUGCUAUAUGUGUAGCUUAAGCUAAAGUCUGUAUAAUGCAAAUGCUUUUACUCCAAGGACUCACAAGAGGGCGCUCCUCUAUUACUAAACAAUCUCUACAGCGACAGAGAGGACGAUUACAUGUGGAGAUGUUUUUUUUUUAAAAAAAUUGAAAUAAUUUUUAUUUGAUUUUACAAAUAAAAAAAAUAACAAUCCAAAUACAUAUCCAUAUAUAGAGAUUACUUGAGACUUCUCCCCAUUCCAUCCAUGGGUCCUAUUGUCAACAUUUACAACUGCCAUAUUAUUCCAUAUUCUAUAUUUUAUACCUAUCCAUCUUUUCCAUAGUGUUUGCUACAAGUCAGGUAAAAAUCCUGCUAAUGUUUUCAUCUGCUUGCAGUGGUCUCUUAAAUAAAUUAUGAAUUUUUCCCAUUUUAAAAAAAGUUUUUGCCUUCUUGGUUCCUGAGCUUUCCAGUUAGCUUUGCCAUUUCGGCGUAGUCCAUCAGGUUAGCUCAUGUGGAGAUGUUUUUAGAUGUGCAAUUCGUCAUUAUAUUAUGUAUUUUUGCGUUUUUAUAUUGUAAACUGCCCUAUGAUCCUCAGGCGAAGGGUAGCAUAUACAUUGAAUAAAUAGGUUAAACAAAUAAGUAGGCUCCACGCCCAGGACCUCCAUUCUACUACCAGGCUGUGUGUUGCCACAGAAAUAUCUUGCAAAAGGGAUUUAAAAUUUAAGAACACGUAGUAGAAUGUUUAAUCCCUCAACGCAUUUUGCCGUACUUAUCGUAGAAAAUUUAUAUAUCCAACCCUUUCAGAAUCAGAACCUGCUUUUAAUGCAGACGUGCAUUUGGGGAUCCUUUUUUUUUUUUUAACCAUAUAUUUUUUACCAUAUAUUUCCAUGGGGUCUUGACCCACUAGUUGAAGAUUUAUAUGCUUCCCCUGACUUACUGGGACUUUGAUUCUUUGUUUUUAAUUUUUUGUUUCGUACAGUUCUCAGUUUUAUUUAUGAUAGACAGUCACAAUUUUAUCUUGUUUUUAGGAAAUUUUAUAGGCAGUUGUAUUUAAAUGUUUUCAACUAAAUCAUUUAGAUAUUUUUUAUUAUAUUAAGUGCUACAUUUUUAAAGAAAUACAUGGAACACCUGCAACUUAUUACAGAACAUUAAGCAAUAUUUACUACAAAUGCUACAAAAAUGGUCAAAAGGCAUUCCUAAAAAUGUCACCGGGGGGGGGGGGGGAGAGAGGCAGUGUCUUCACCAAGGAAAGGUAGCAGAAAAGAAGGCCAUCUCUGGUGGACAGAAAAAUGGAGCGUACACUCAAUUCACUUCAAAUAUUCAAAGCACAUCACAUACGUUAGCUCAGUAACUCAACAGCAAGUCUUGAUUCGGCUGUAUUUGUAACCCCCUCCCCCUGCUUUGAAUGCAGUAUAAAUAUGCAACACCAGAUGGCGCCAGAGAGCAAAGGAAUUUUCUAUAUGAUUUUUACAUCAUGUUUUUUUCUUUUGCUAUAACAAUUUAAUUUCUGACUUAUUUAUAGCAUUUUCCCCUGUGUGUUGACCCACCCUCUGUGACGCAGACAAGCAUAGUAAUCUCACCUAGCAAAAUUGUGGUUGAACUGAGAUUUUAAUCAUAUAUUUCCUCACAGCUCCCAUUCUUAGCCAGUCCUGUCCCCUGCCAGCUACAACCACCUGAAGAAUUGGCUUGUACAAUGCUAUCAAACAGUAGUUCAGCAUUUGUGCAUUCGGCUGACCCAAGAAGUGAAGUCUUCUUGCCAUAUUUAUUGACAACCAGAGCGUGUGUGUUUCUGCUAAACCUACGUCUUUCUCUAUUGCCUUUCGAAACAGAAUGAAAGUAAACAUGUACAGAUGAUGCACCAGAAAGGUCGAUUUAAGCUGGGAUACACAAUGGAGAGGGAUGCACAGAUCCUUUGCCUCCCAUACCAUGGCAAAGUGUUGUCCAUGAUCAUUAUAUUGCCAGACGACAUCGGCAAUUUGAAACAGGUAAGUCACAAACAAGUCACCAUGUUUGAAACAUAAAUCACAGAGUUGCAGAAUGGUUUUGACAUUGUUGUUGUUUAGUCGUUUAGUCGUGUCUGACUCUUCGUGACCCCAUGGACCAGAGCACGCCAGGCACUCCUUUCUUCCACUGCCUCCCGCAGUUUGGUCAGACUCAUGUUUGUAGCUUCGAGAACAUUGUCCAACCAUCUCGUCCUCUGUCGUCCCCUUCUCCUUGUGCCCUCCAUCUUUCCCAACAUCAGGGCCUUUUCCAGAGAUUUGCCCCCAUAACUUACAGUGAAUCAUGUUUUGUUUUGUAAAUAAUUUUACAAAUUUUACUAAAAUCCAAUAUAAACCACAUUAUAUCAAUCUCAAAUUACAAUUCAAAUUCAAAUAUGUAUCAAUUAUAAAGCCAAUUAUAAAUUUUGUGUGGCCUCCCGCGGGCUAGAUUUCAAGGUGAGAUCAUUUUAUUUUGUCCUGCUUCCAAAGUCUUAAUUAGUCCUGUUACCUUCAGUCUUGAUCUUGAUCCCUUAUCAGCAGCUACAGAGUUGCUUUUUUUACUUCCAAUCAUAUUGGCACAUUUAAUAAAUUUCAUUUUUCUGCAAGAGGAGUUCUGUAUCCCAUAUAUUUCCUGUGUGUGAUGUUCAGUGCCGGAUUUACAUAUAAGCUAAACAAGCUAUAGCUUAGGGCCCCACUCUCUUGGGGGCCCCCAAAAAAUUUAAAGGCAAAAAAACCUGGAUGUACAUUUCCAAAAUAUAACAUAAAAAACAAAUAAAAUAAAACCUACGCACAGCAACAGUGUUUUGUGUUGUGUAGGCUCCUACGAUGUCAGUAGCUAGCCUGCUCCCUCAAAUAUCACUUAUUUUCUCAUUUCUAUAUAUAGGGUGCCUACAUUCUGCAUGGACUGGUUGCAUGACAACAUGUGCAAAUGGCAUUAGAUACCUAUUGGGUCCAUAAAUUACCAUAUAUAUUCAACACAAAAAACAGCAGCAAUUUGUUGUUUACAAAGGACAGCUGGACAUAUAAAGGGCCUCAUGACCUUCAGUAGCUUAAAGUAAAGGCAAAGGGACCCCUGACCAUUAGGUCCAGUCAUGGCCGACUCUCGGGUUGCGGCACUCAUCUCGCUUUAUUGGCCGAGGGAGCCAGUGUACAGCUUCCGGGUCAUGUGGCCAGCAUGACUAAGCCACUUCUGGGGAACCAGAGCAGCGCAUGGAAACGCCGUUUACCUUCCCGCCAGAGUGGUACCUAUUUAUCUACUUGCACUUUGAGGUGCUUUCGAACUGCUAGGUUGGCAGGAGCAGGGACCGAGCAACAGGAGCUCACCCCGUCGUGGGGAUUUGAACCACCAACCUUCUGAUUGGCAAGUCCUAGGCUUUGUGGUUUAACCCACAGCGCCACCCGCGUCCCUUCAGUUGCUUAGGGCCUCAUUAAAACUAAAUCCGGCCCUGGCGAUGUUUAUUUUAGCCAUGUUGUUUCUUAAUUCUUUUUUUUUUUGCCAUACAGGUUGAAAACACCAUGACCAGUGAGAAUUUAGCAUGCUGGACUGCCUCAGAAAACUUGACAGAGGAGAAUGUCGAGGUGUAUCUCCCCCAGUUCAAGCUUGAAGAGUCCUUCGACCUCAACUCGCCUUUGCAAGCCCUGGGGAUGAUUGAUGUGUUUGACAGAUCCAGAGCCGACCUUUCUGGGAUGGCUGCCUCCGAUCAACUAUACUUAUCCAAAGUGCUUCACAAAGCCUUUGUGGACGUUGACGAAGUGGGGACAAAAGCAGCCGCAGCCACAGGUGCUGUGGUCUCCAACAGAUCGUUGCCAUCCUAUAAACUGUUUGAAGCUAAUCACCCGUUCCUCUUCUGCAUCCGGCACAAUCCUAGCAAUGCCAUCCUUUUUCUUGGCAAACUCUGCUCCCCUUAA